AUGUCCGAAAAAAACUCUUCUACCUUUCUUUAUCUGGCAGUAUUUUGUGUUAAUUUAUACACCUUUUGUACGUGUAAUGCAUACACUUGGUCAUCACCAUCGUUACCGAUACUUCAUAGUAACAACACUGAUAUAAAUCCAUUGAGAAGACCUAUAACCAAUUUGGAAGAGUCAUGGAUACUCUCGUUACAAUUACUUGGAUCGGUAGUGGGGACAUUAUUAUCUGGACUUUUUUCCAAAAAAUUCGGUAGCAAAAAAUCCUUAAUAAUUGCAUCAGUUCCAUUUAUCAUCGGAUAUAUUAUCAUAGCACAUUCCAAGAGCAUUGUUCUAUUCUAUAUAGCUAGGUUUUUAACAGGAAUUUCAGCAAUUUUUAGUAUGGGUUUGAUUCCCAGCUAUGUGGCUGAAAUAUCACAAGAUCACAAUAGAGGAAUUCUAUCUUCUUUAACAGGUACAACAAUUUGUUUAUCGAAUUUGAUGAAUUAUGGCAUCGGACCUCUAUUGAGCAUUCAAACUAUGGCUUACAUUGGAUUGAGCAUUAUGGUAAUAUUUCUAAUUACAUUUGUACCAUUUGUGCCUGAGAGUCCUUACCGGUAUAUGCAAAUUCAAAAAAAUGAAAGGGCUGAAAAGUGUUUGAAGAAAUUUCGGGGUAAUUCAGACGUUAAAAACGAAAUGGAAAAUGUUUAUAAUUUAUUAUCUCAUGAGAGAGUAGAAAAUCAGAAUAUUUUUAAAGAUAUUGUAACUUCCUCUUCAACUAAACGUGCCUUAAUUAUUUGUUGUACUUUAAUUUUAUGUCAAAUUUUUAUGGGAUAUAGUUUUCUGGCAGUAUAUUUACAAACAGUUAUUGAAGCUACCGAUGAUACAAUACCUUAUUACGCUGUAACUAUGACUGUUGGUGUUUUACAAACAUUCUCUGGUAUUCUUUGCGGCUCGCUUGUUGAUAAGUUGGGGCGAAAAAUACUAAUGUACAUAUCUGCGGUAGGUUGUUCUGUGUCAAUGUUUUCAUUAAGUAUUUACUUUUUUCUAAAAAUCCGAGAAUAUAAUAUUGAUUCCAUGUUUUGGUUACCAUUAGUAACAUUGAGUAUGUUCUUCGUAUUUUUUUGUUUAGGGAUGGGUAUUAUUCCUAUUAUUCUUACUGGAGAAUUGUAUUCACCGAAUGUUAAAUCGGUGUGUCUCAGUAUAACUUUUAUGUUUUCUAUGGGUUCGGCUUUUUUGUAUACAGCAGCAAUUCCUUUUGUUUUAAACAUCUUUGGAAUAGAUGUCAUGUUUUGUGUUUGUGGAAUAGUCUCAAUUUUGGCUGUUAUAUUUUUAAAAAUAUUUGUACCAGAAACUAAGGGAAGAAGUUUUGAAGAAAUACAAAUUUUGUUAGGCAGUAAAAAAUAA